UGACAUUUACCAUUUAAUUCUGUUUACUUUAUGUACGUUGAGUUAUAACUGAAAAGUAUAAAAUUAUUAAAUGAGACCAAGCGGAAGUGAUUCGCCUCAAAAGUUAGGCUCGCGUGGUCAGAGCACAAGCUCAUCGCGAAUAAAACUUAAUGCUUCGGGGAAGGUUCGGAGAGCAAUACCUAAGAACGUAACCUCAAUUGUUCAGCAACGACAACAUUUACGAGUGUUCGACAACGGUGUUGACGUUACCCCGAAAACUCUAGUCCAUAAUGUAUUUGGUUCCAUCGAAGAAAGGCAGUUGACAGCUUUCGAUGCUAUUGGUUUAUGUCAAGGUGGAAGUAAUACACAAGUCGUAGUUAGUGCUUCGGGCUUAAAGGCGAGUUCUUCGAUGAUACUGUUCAGAUCAGCCUCGGUACAUACCUCGAUACUGCCUACGGAUGAUACUCCGAUAGAGAGUUUUGCGUCGACUCAAGGCAUCGAUAGUGUACAAGCUAUUGAUGACGUUCCUUCCGAAUUCUAUCUUUGUAGGUAUGACUCGAGCAUAUCCUACAUUAAACCAGAAAAGGUGGUAAUAACAUUAAUGGAGACCGAUACAUUCUUUAUCUUUGAAAUGCCGCAAUUAACUAAGAUUGCCGAUACCCCAGAAGGCCAGGCAGUUAAAGAAGAAAAUGAGAGGUAUGAGUACAUUACUGUUGGAGGAGGAUCAAACCGAAAAUUAGCCACGGUUGAAACACAGACUCAGAUAGUCCAUACCAAGACAAGAAGCACUUAUUUAAGUCGGUCCAGACGUAAGAAUCAGGGAACGUUUGUGAACGCUUGGGUCAUGUAUGAUUCAAAUGAAACGGAUGGAUUUACAUCUGGUGGUUAUAGAGAAUCUCAGAAUCAGGAAAAUCGGUUCAAACUCCCAAAAAUAGAAGGAACUAGCGAAGUUGUUAAUCCUGAAGAUCAGCUUGCACAGAUCUAUGAGAGUAUUAGAUUCCAAGAUGCCAUCAGGGUCGUGGAGCGCAUAAUUGCCAGCAACCUUUACAUUAAUUCACAAAAAUGUUUCAAGGGUUUAAUUAAGCAGGAUCCCUGCAGUUUGGAUUUGGAAUUUACAUACAGCUUGCGUCUCCUCUGGACACAUUCAUGUGCAGCUUCUCAAGGCCGUCCGGUUUCUUGUUUUCGAUGGAGUUAUAUUAAUGAAAACCUCCUUGCUGCUGGAUAUGGAGAAAUCCCUGGAGCAGAAGUGAAAAACGGAGUAGUUCUGAUCUGGUGUAUAAAAAAUCCCAGUCAGCCCGAUCGUUCGUACACCUUCAACUGCCCCGUCUCUGCUUUAGACUGGAGCAAAGAUCGUCCAAACUUUUUAGCAGUUGGGUUCUACGAUGGAAUUAUUAUGGUCAUUGACGUAAGCAACAAAGCGUUAUCCAUCAUGAGAUGCAGUCAGAGAAUUACCUCGCCUUCUUAUUCUCCACAUUGGCAAGUGCAGUGGUGGGCAGGGGAGGAACAGUUUGAUUUUAAGGAGCAGAUUUAUACCAGCAAUCAGGAUGGUCGAAUCCUUCGUUACAGAUCGGGGGAGGAUUUUACGUCUACGGAGAUCAUGAGGAUAUCGAGGAUAGAAGGCACGGUAACAGGAGUUAACAGAACUAAUCACUGCACUGUUUACGAUAUUCCAAUCAGUAGGAAUCCAGGAGCCUUGGUACUUCGAAGAUAUCCUAAUUCUACGUCUUUGUAUUUUGUUGGCUCCGAUGAGGGUUGCAUUCAUCGAUGCUCCACAAAUUACCUGCAACAACACAUAGAUAGCUUUUUGGCCCACGAUGGACCAGUAUACUCCAUAGAGUUCUCACCAUUUUGUUCGAAGAUCUUUUUAACGUGUGGUGCCGACUGGUGUACUAGGAUAUGGGCCGAUGGGAUCGUGGAACCCCUUAUUACAUUGUCGAGUACUAUGGCUUGUGUCCAUGAUGCAACGUGGUGUCCUACUAAUUCAACCAUCAUUGCUAGUGUAGUGAAUAAUGAAAUCUGCUUGUGGGAUAUCAAGAGAAAAAUAUAUAAGCCUACGUCUAUUACAGUGUCUCCCCACAGUGGCAGGUUUCUUUCCGUCCAGUUUACUCCAAAUGGAAAUCAACUGCUGGCUGCAGACAUCGAAGGAGCUAUCCAUGUAUAUACCUUAGAAGGUAUGCCAUUUCCUUCUUUAAUCCAAACUCAGCUACUCGUCACUUCUAUACAGAAGGCACUCGUCACUCGACCUGUUUUAUUAAACAAACUUAGAAAACUUGGACCACCAUUUAUAUAGUACAUUUUAGUUGCAAAGAAUAUGAAAAAGUUCUUUAAUCUACGAUGUGCAAUCCAUUUUAGGAUCUUAGGCUAUUGCUUAAAUUAUGACCCGGUCGGUAAGAUAAUAUUAUUUCAGAAAGUGUACUGGAAGGUAUAAAAAUGUUCAAAGAAAGUAUAGUAAUAGUAUAUCAGAGCUUGAACUGAAUAGUACAAAAAUGUCCAAAGAAAGUAUAGUAAUAGUAUUUCAGGACUUGAACUGAAUAGUACAAAAUGUGCAAACUAUAGUUCCUGUCAGCAUUUCGUAAAAUAAGAUUGUUAUAUAAUGCGAUACUUCGUAUGGCUAGUACUAUGA